CAGACACUACAGAAAAUAAAAUAUUGUCACAGUCUGUCUCCCUCAUUAUCUUCAAGGACUCUUAUUUUGAAGUUUUCCCCCAGACUCCAUUUCCCAGGAUUCACUGCCCUAAUCACUCCUAUCAGUUCAUCAUCAUCUGCACCUGCCUUCUAUUCCCUCAUUGAGUCCUUGAAGUGCUACGUUGUGAAGUGUCACGUUUUUGUAUUGUUAACCUGUUAGCCUUAUAGUUUGUUUUCCACUCCAGUGUUUGGUUCCACUCCAUCGUUUAUAAUUAAAAGAUUAAAAGGAAUCUACUCCUGCGUCUCCUGUUCAUCUUCCUCUCCAAGACAUCCACGUUACAGAAGGACUGACCAACAACAAAGAAUACGGACCUAACAAAAAUACGGAUAAUCUUACCUGCUCUUCCAGACGUCGUCAUCUACUCCAGUGAUCCCUCUAAUCCUCCUCUUCCACUCGUCUAGACCCUCACGAGCAUCGAGCCCAACCAAAUGGAUCUACCACCUACAGUAGCAAUCCUCCUAAAACAAGGGGACCGUCCAAUUGAGAAUCACGUACAUGAGUUUCUCCAUCUUGCUAAUUUGGUGCACUAUGAUGACCACACUCUGAGUUUCUUCAGGGCUGGCCUGAGUAGUGCAUUGAAAGAGCUGAUGCCUCUGUCGGGACCUCACUGGACGAUCUCCGACCACGUGGAGGUGGCUCUGCAGCUUUGCGGCUCAUCAUUCACUGUGGGUUUGGAGGAUAAGGACUUUGAAUCUCCUCCCACAGUGAACACCCUCCAACCUUCCACGGCCUCUGUCUCCACGCCUUCCAUGGCCCCUAUCUCCAAGGUAACUCCUCUCCAUUUAAUUUCCCAAAAUAAUUUUUUUGGGGGGCUUAUCCUCUUCAGUUUCCAGUGGUCGAUGCCCUAUCGCAGUCAACGGUAACGACCACGGUUAACGAGCCAGAACCAGUGCCUGUAGCCUCGACCGUCCCAGAGCCAGUGCCUGUAGCCUCGACCGUCCCCGUAACCAUGCUCCCUGCUGGCCAAAAGAGGAGGAGGAGGAGAAGGAAAAGGACUCUUCCUCAAUCUCUGCCCAUGCUCACGACCACGGAGGUCAUUCCCCAGUCUCUGCCCAUGUCCAUGACCACGGAGGUCGUUCCCCAGUCUCUGCCAGUGAUCACGACCACGGAGGUCGUUCCCCAUUCUCUGCCCAUGUCCAUGACCACGGAGGUCGUUCCCCAGUCUCUGCCAGUGCUCACUACCACGGAGGUCGUUCCCCAGUCUCUGCCCGUGCUCACGACCACGGAGGUCAUUCCCCAGUCUCUACCCGAGCUCUCGACCGCGGAGGUCGAUACCCAGUCUCGGCCUGUACUCUAUCCCACGGCUUUCGGCCCCGAGCCUUCCAUGGCUCCGCCCACUUCCCCAGAGUGUCCUCCAGCGGUUCUGCCUCCUAACCCAAUCCUUGCCCUGUGGCCACCUCCCAGGCCUCCUGACCCAAACCUAGCCCUGCAGCCACCUCCCAGGCCUCCUGACCCAGUCCCUGCCCUGCAGCCACCUCCCAGGCCUCUGGAUCCAUUCCCAGACCUGAAGCCGCCCCCUAGGCCUCCUGAUCAUCAUCCUUGGAUCCUUCAUCUUCUGCAUCAUCAUACCCUCAUCCAUCGUUGGGCAACAGGAGUCGCCCUUUAAAGGGGGGGGGUAAUGUCACAGUCUGUAUCCCUCAUUCUCUUCAACUCUUAUUUUGAAGUUUUCCCCCGGACUCCAUUUCCCAGGAUUCACUGCCCUAAUCACUCCUAUCAGUUCAUCAUCAUGUGCACCUGCCUUCAAUUCCCUCUUUGUUUCUCAGUGUAUAAAUACCCUCUAGUUUUGUUAAGUCUUUGAGUCCUUGAAGUGCUACAUUGUGAAGUGUCAUGGUUUUGUAUUGUUAGCCUUAUAGUUUGUUUUCCACUCCAGUGUUUGUUUCCACUCCAACGUUUAUAAUUAAAAGAUUAAAAGGAAUCUACUCCUGCGUGUCCUGUUCCUCUUCCUCUCCAAGACACCCACGUUACAAAUAUGUACAACCUCAUAACAUUAGAUGCUUUGUCACAGUGCAUUAGUAUUUUCUGUUCUGCUGUUCACUUGUAAUUUUGCUGCAUACUUCACAGCACUGGUUUGAUGGCUGAACAUGGAGGCAUAGCAGAAAAUGAAAUAGAAGUGCCCAAGCUGAAUAAAGCUGUUGGCAUUUUCUCCUAAUAUACCCAGAGUUUGAGCUGCUGCAUUCAGUUUAUUCACAAAGCAGCAGUGUUCAUUUAAGGUUAUACGUAUGUAGGACUUUUAACAAAAUUUUAAAUCCAUUAUUUUAAGUCACGCUCUGUUUAAUGUAUG